GGUGUUGAUGUGAGUGUUGUUGGUGUUGAUGUGAGUGUUGCUGGUGUUGCUGUCCCAGUACACUGUGAACUACAGCUCCCAGCAGGCCACACCCUGGCGCGCCUGCGCAGUACGAGACGGAAGCAGUUUUUCCUACGUCAAUUCCGGUGAGGUGAGGUCAAGCGGGAGGAGAACGGAGGAGCUGAGAGGUCGGUGCGGUGAGGAUGAUCCUUAAAUGUGCUGCAUUUUGUGAAAGACAAAAGGUCUUCAGAGUUGAAGUGAACCCAAGCUACCAUGUCGAAGGUACAAAACAAAGACUCCUCCUUACGCGAGCGGUUUAAAAACCUCUUAGGCAUCGGUUCUCGGAUCAAUACCAAGCAAACCGAGUGCAAGCCGACAGAGUUCAUCAUCACAGCUGAAAUCCUGAAGGAUUUGAAUGUAGAGUGUGGGCUUCACAGCAGAAUAAAGACCAUCAGCUAUGUUUGUGAGCUAGCCAAAACCAAGAGAUUUGAAGAGCAUGCUGUGGAGGCAUUGUGGCAGGCUGUUGAUGACCUGAUGUCUGAUGAACAGCCUACAGAGGCCAGACAUGCAGUACUUCAGCUGAUGAAGGCUAUUGUUCAAGGACAGGGGGAGAGGCUUGGGCCCAUUCGCGCACACUUCUUUCAUGUGAUCAAAGAUUAUCCAGUCUCUGGCGACCUGCACGAGAGACUCGAGGUGUUCAAAGCGCUAACAGAAAAUGGAAAGGACAUCAUCUAUUUGGAAGAAGACCUGUCCCCCUUUGUCCUCAAUUGGUUGGAAAUUGGUUUGGAAAUUGGACUGACUGCUGAGUUUCUGGAAGUUUUGGUCAAUCUGGUCAAGUUCAACAGCUGCUACCUGGAUCAGAUUGUGGGUCAGAUAGUUCAUAAAAUCUGCAUUCUUUGCAAUCUGACCAUCGUGUCAACAGAUAUAGAGGUCUCUCUGCAAGUUCUGGAUGCAGUUGUUUGCUACAAUUCUUUGCCUUCAGAGUCUCUGCCAGGAUUUAUCAUUACACUGUGCCGCACGGUUAAUGUGAAGGAAUUUUGUGAGUCUUGUUGGAAGCUGAUGCGCAAAGUCUUAGGAACUCAUCUAGGACACAGUGCGAUCUACACAAUGUGCCGCAUUAUGGAGGACAAGGUGCACACAGAUGAUGCUGCGCUGUUGAGGGGUGCAGUGUUCUUCGUUGGAAUGGCUCUCUGGGGAGCCCAUCGCCUCUUUUCUCUGAAGAAUACUCCAACCUCGGUUUUGCCUUCUUUUUACAAGGCUAUGUCCAGUGCCAAUGCAGUCGUGUCCUAUGAAAUUGUCCUGUCUGUCACUCGCUUGAUCAAAAAGUAUGGAAAGGAACUGCAGGUGGCAACUUGGGAACUGCUACUGGGUAUCAUCGAGCGAUUGCUUCAGCAAAUCCAGAUGCUGGGUAGCCAAGAGCUAUCAAUUAUUGUACAUGAGUUGCUAACUACUAUGGAGGAGUUGUAUGAACAGAAUGGAUACCAUGGUCCUCAUGAGAGGCUCUUCAUGCUGAUUGAAAAGUGCUCUGACAGAAGACCGGAGAGCUCAGUCCUCACGCUUGUGUCGUACCGAGCUCAGAGCAUUCAUCCUGCUCAACACUGCUGGCUUCAGAAUCUCCAGAAACUGAUGGAGAAGUUCUUCAGGAAUGAGAAUCGUAACACCAUUCGGAAGAAGGCACUUGAUGUCUUGUCAUUUGUUUUGAGCAUAAAUCGACAGCUGUAUGAAGAAGAGCUGAUCGAGUCCAUCGUGAUUCCCCAGCUUGGUCACACUGCAGAGGAUAAAGAUCACAUGGUGCGGAAAUUGGCCACCCAGCUCCUGGUGGACUUAGCUGAAGACUGCAACACCCCUCACUUCAACAAUCUCUUGGACAUCAUAGAAAAGGUUGUUAACCGGACUCUUGUUGAUUCUGUUGUUGUGGAGGCAGUAGAAAGUGAUUUAUCAUCUGAAGCUCCGCUGGAAGAUGUGAAGACGGCUGUCCUGGGUCUUCUGGAGAUUCUGCAGACCAAAUUGUACAGCUUACCUGCCAGUCAUGCUAGUCGGGUUUAUGAGCUUCUGAUAAGACAUAUACAGUCACACGACAAGCAGAGGUACACAUCUCCCAUUGCAAGCAGUAUUCGAAUAAAGGUGUUUGAUUUCCUUCUCCAUCUUCGAGUGGACUCACUAUAUCGUAUCGGCGUGCCAAACAAGGAUGGAGUUGUAAGAUUUAGUCCAUAUUGUCUCUGUGGAAGCAGUGAACCUGAGAAGAGAGGAUCAGAGAAAAAGGGACCAGGUACAGUUUCUCCACCAGUGGGAAGUCCUGCCUCAUUGCAGAGUACUACAAUCCGCAUGGGUUACCUGCCUUUCUCUCUGGCGUUCAGUGCUAUCCUGCAAUGCCUUAAAAACGAGACUGACUGGAAAGUGCUGAAGCUUGUGCUGGAUAAACUUCCUGAAUUACUGAAAUACAAAGCACUCAUACUGACUUCUCCGUGCAGCAUGGAUCGACUCUGCACUGCCCUCUGCAGCAUGGUUACAGACCGUCACCUGCCAGAGAGGUUACAUCAUACCCCAGAUGGUUUCUCUCGCACAGAUGUGCAGUUGGCUGCUGUCCCUGUACUGACAGCUAUCACAUCUUACCAUGGUUAUCUGGAUCAAGCAAGACAGCGUGAGCUGAUUCACUGCCUCGAUACUGGACUCAUCUACCGGUGUGCCAAACAGUGUGUGGUAACGCUGACAAUGUGCAUCAUUGAAAUGCCGGAUAUCAUGGUGAAGCUCCUUCCUGGCAUUAUUCUCAAGCUGACCCAUAUCUCUGCCACACUCACCAUGGCUAUCCCCAUGCUGGAAUUCCUAUCAACCUUGGUGAGACUCCCACCCCUUUACGCAAACUUUGUGGCAGAGCAGUACGUGAGCGUGUUCGCUAUCUCACUGCCGUACACUAACCCUUUCAAGUUCAACCAGUAUAUUGUGUCUCUGGCACAUCAUGUUAUAGCUAUGUGGUUCAUCCGAUGUCGACUUGUAUUUCGCAAGGAUUUUGUACGUUACAUUACAAAGGGAUUGAGGUCUAACGCGCUGUUACCAUUUGAGGAUACACAUGAGCCCAGUAGCUUUCGGGCACGAAGCACUAGCUUGAACGAGAGACCUCUCAAAAGUUCACGAACCACAAAGUCCCUAAAACCAGGCUUGAAUAAUUCCCAAAUUAAAGAUAUGAAAGAACUCUCAGCAGUGGAGGCUUUCCGGUCCCGCAGCAUCAGUGUCUCAGAACAUGCAGCCCGCAGCAGGAUGCAGACAUCCAUUACAAGCUCUAGUUUGGGAUCUGCAGAUGAGAACGCAGUGGCAGAGGCUGAAGACAGCCUAAAAACUGUGCACCUGGAGCUCACAGAAACCUGCUUGGACAUGAUGGCUCGAUAUGUUUUUUCCAACUUCUCUGCUCUGCCCAAAAGGUCGCCAGUUGCAGAGUUUCUGCUUGGAUCAGGAAGAAGUAACACGUGGUUGGUCGGUAACAAGCUUGUAACAGUAACAACAAGCAGUGGAGUUGGAACAAGAGCACUACUGGGGCUUGAUUCCCUUCAGAAAACAGAUGAAGCAUCAAGACAAGAAUCGUCUCAACAAGUCAAGAUGACCCAGGAGGCGCCCGCGAAACUGGAAUCGCAAACCAGCCAGCAGAUUGGGAAAGCUGCCCGCCUGCGAGUCAGAUCCAUAUCAGGUGGGCACCCGCUCCGUGCUGACUCCGUCCAGACGUUGAGCCCCCUGGUCUCCCCUUCAGACAGUGAAUUCUGUGGCCCUACAUCUCCAGCUCUGAAAGCACUGGACAAUCCAUCAGGGUUCCAGCGAGACACAGCUACCUCUGUGGCGCAACCUCCCACCCAGAAAGAAAAAGCCAACCUAGCCGAAUACGCACCAGUUCUGACUCAAGGAUGGGCAGAAGUAUACAUUCGCCGACCCUCUGGUAAUGCGAGUUGGCUACUGUGUCUGGAGAACCCACCAAGCCCAUUCUCCUCAGAGAUAAACAACAUGCCCUUACAGGAGUUGUCCACUAUGCUGCUGGUGGUUGAGAGAAUGACAGACCCACACCUGCCUGGUCCUUCCCGAUCUGAGUCUAUGCCGUGCCCCACCCCGGCACCAGAGGCAGCCAAGCAAUCACUGUUUCAGCGUUCCAACACAGUGGGUUCUUUCUCUUCCAAUUGCCUGACAAGCUCUCGAGGGAAGUUGCACAGGAGCAUUUCCUGGGCAGAUUCAGUUGCAGUUGUAGAGGAAGACGAUGGGCCUGGAAUGCAGUUGAAAGUUUGUGACUCUCCAGUGGAAUCCCAUGACCUUGACUUUGAGUCCAUCAUUUCUGGGCCAAUGUUCAUGCCAGCAGAGAAUUACGACAAAAUACAAACAACGUACAGCAGAUCAUCUUCAACUUCCAGCCAAGAGGAAGACAAAUCCGCCCAGCCUGAGGACAGUGGGAUAAUGGGAAUUCCAGGUGAGAGAGGCUUGCCACUUUCUGCAGCUGUGGAUCCUUUGGAGGAAGAAUUCAGCUUUGAGCACACUCAGGUUCUCAACAAGUCCAGCUCCUCCCCUGAGCUGCAGAACCUGCAGGAAGCCACGGAAAUGCAUGGCAAAGAGGGAGUCUCUGGCAAAUCUACAGCUGAAGGGAAGCCAAGCAGACGCUCGGGGAGUAUUGAAGAAGAAGGUUCUUCGAGCAGUAAAUUGGAAGUGAAUGAUAACAACAUGGGGAGCAAGCCAGACAUUUUGCCACCAUCUGAGAAAAAAGAACCACCUCAAUCACCGAACCGCUACAGACCCAGGGGGCACACCAUCUCUGAUUCCGCUCCAUCGAGGAGGGGGCGGAAGAUAGAGAGGGAUACUUUUCAUAACCGCUCAGCAGCUUCAAAUUCAGAGAAAAUUAGUGGAAUAAGCCCAAGUUUUGUUUUUCUGCAGCUGUAUCAUUCCCCUUUCUUUGGCAGUGAAGCGAACAAGCCUCUCCUUGUACCCAAGACUGAGAUCACAGAACGCGCCAUUAAAGUCUUGGAUCAGAUGCCACCUUAUGAUACACAUAAGAUUGGUGUUGUGUAUGUUGGUGAAGGACAGACAAAUAACGAAGUUGAAAUUCUGUCCAAUGCCUACGGCUCGUCCAGGUAUGCGCAGUUCCUGACGGGCCUGGGGAAGCUGAUCCAUCUACAGGAUUGUAACCCAGAGCAGAUUUUUCUCGGCGGCCUCGACACGUACGGUGAUGAUGGGCAAUUCACCUACUGCUGGCACGACGACAUCAUGCAAGCAAUUUUUCACAUUGCAACACUGAUGCCAAAUAAAGAGUCGGAUAAAGCAUGCUGCAACAAGAAGCGGCACAUAGGAAAUGACUAUGUAGUUAUCGUCUACAAGGACACCGAGGAAGAAUACAAGCUGGGAACAAUAAAGGGUCAGUUCAAUUUUGUGGAAAUAAUUAUCAAAGCUCUGGAUUUCGAGAGCAAUCUGGUAACACUACAAGCUCGGAAGGUCAUGGAGGGCCUAGUAGACACAAGUGUGGCUAGAAUUGUGUCUGAUACAAAUCUCCCUCAGCUAGUCCGACAAAUGGCGUUGCAUGCAAAUAUGGCUUCAGUCGUGCACCACAACAGUGCCGUGCCUUCAGAAGCUUAUGCGUCAAAGUGGUUAGCAAGACUGCGACAGAUUAAGCGGAUCCGAUCCAAGGUGUACGAAGACAUGCAGUACCGGCAGAACUCUGGAAUCUCCUUGAUUCAGAUGCACUCCACUGGUCAGAGUAAAGCUUCUCACCAUCACCCCCACCAUCACCACCCACACCCCCACUAUCAACAGCAGCACCCUCCUCAUCACCAUUACCCAGCACAGCAGUCAGCUCCCAGUGCAGAAACUGGACAGAGGAAGAGGCUGAUGUCCACAGUGGAUGAUUUCACAGACUUUGUUUAACCCGAUUGCAUGUGCAUCUUCCUUUCAAAGUGUGAAAUCACUACAUACUGAAGCCAAACCCUAUUUUGGGUGUGCGGAAAUUUUUAUUUUCUGUCUCUUCCUCUCUUUCUCUCUCUCUCUGUUACUGCUUGUGAAGAAAAAAAAGUGCUGCUUUCUACUGGCGUCAACAAAGAGAAAAAAAUAACUGCUAGUUUUAACAACGUAGCGUUGCGUGAGGAAGAUGCCGAGAGCUUGCUAGAAGCCACUGUUAAUUAUGCUGUAAGGAAGCCAGGGUGGGGGGGGGGGAGUAGGGUCGUCAAGCUGUGACAUGGACCAAGUGUCCCGAGCAAACCUCCUCCAGGUUCGAUGUUGACAGAGAGCAAUGAAGAUAAAUGGAUAGAAACGAGGCCUGAAAUCUCAGUUCCUUUUCUGAAUUGGAAAAUUGUUUUUGUGACAACUGACUUUGUGCAAUUACCUGGCGGAAAAUGAAUGAAUGUCAUUCCCCGAACAUUUCAAAACGCAGUCGUCAGUGUUUGUAUGAUUCUAAUUAAGACUAAAAAUGAAUAAAUCAAAUUUUAAAAACAA